CGUUUUUGUGUGGUGGUCUCGCACUCUGUGUGUGUGUGUUGUUUGUUUGUGUGCAUAUUUAGUGUUUUCAUUUUCAUUUCGUUUUUGAUCCACUUUGUGAUUAUCACGAUGAGUUCUUUGGGUCUACAAAAACGUUUGGCCGCUGCUGUGCUCAAAUGUGGCCGAAACAAAGUUUGGCUUGAUCCAAACGAAAAUGGUGAAAUUUCCAAUGCCAAUUCUCGACAAAACAUCCGUAAAUUGAUCAAGGAUGGUUUGAUCAUUCGAAAACCAGUAGCUGUACAUUCACGAGCACGUGUUCGCCGUAAUGCUGAAGCUCGUCGCAAAGGCCGACACACUGGCCCCGGUAAACGAAAAGGUACGGCUAAUGCUCGAAUGCCGGUCAAAGUUUUAUGGAUUCGUCGAAUGCGUGUGCUUCGUCGAUUAUUGAAGAAAUAUCGGGAAAACAAAAAAAUCGAUCGCCAUCUUUAUCAUGAAUUGUACAUGAAAUCUAAGGGUAAUGUUUUCAAAAACAAACGUGUCCUCAUGGAAUACAUUCACAAGAAGAAGGUUGAGAAAUUGCGACAGAAACAAUUGAAUGAAAUGGCUGAAAUCCGUCGACAAAAAGCCAGAGAACGUCAAAAGCGCCGUGAAGAACGACAAAAAACGAAAUUACAAGAGGCAAGAGAUAUGUAUCAAAAAGAAGAUGGUGGUGACAAAUAGAUUGGCUUACGGGCUUUUUUUUGUAUUUUUGUGAACAAUUUCUAAACAAAUUUAAUAUAACCAUCAAACCAUUUGAAUUGGAAAGUGAAAAAUAAAAUUAAA